CGUCGAUCUACUGAUCCUUCGUCCUUUCCAACUGAACUCUAUUUAUCUCUCAGUAAACGGAUACUCCUAAAAAUAUCUACUAUGAUGGUGUCCACUAGUACCUUAGAAUUCCUUCUGAGCCCCACGGGGUCUCUCAAACUUAUAGGUGGGGCCAUAGUUUUGGUCUCCAUUGCAGCUAUUGCUUCGGGGCUGUACAACGUGUACAUCCACCCACUGUCCAACUAUCCUGGGCCCCGACUUACUGCAGCGACUAGAGUCUGGUACGCUUGGCACUGUGCUAACGGCUCUUUGCCUUUUGCCAUUCAUGAGCUUCAUCUUCGAUAUGGUGAUGUAGUCCGGGUGGCUCCAAAUGAGCUUUCGUAUAUUCACCCAGAUGGGUGGACUGAGAUAUAUGGCCAUCGCCAGGGGAAAUCCGAGAUCAUGAAAGACAAAGCUUUCUAUGCGAGUGUUGCCUCUGGCCCUGACGGCAUCUUUCGUGCCGACCGAGAGCGUCACGCAUUUCUUCGACGGCAAAUCUCACAUGGAUUCUCCGAAAAGUCAAUGCGAGAACAAGAGGCCACCAUUCGAUCCCAAGCCGACGUAAUGAUUGAAAAUCUGAGCAGCCAAUGUAAUGAACUCAAAGAGAACAUUGUGGACUUCACCCGUUGGUACAAUUACUUCACAUUCGACGUAAUGGCUCUGUUGGUCUUCGGAGAGUCUUUUAAUUGCCUUCAAAGCUCUAGCUAUCAUCCUUGGGUCAAGCUCAUAUUUGACAGCGUCCUCUACAGUUCUUUGUUUCGAUGCGCCCAGUUCUGGCCCUUGCUCAGCCCGGCCAUCCAGUUGCUCAUUCCAGAGAGCUUCCCGCGCCGUCGAGAGGAGCAGAAACAGUUAACCAAGGAGAAGGCAGAAUAUCGAAAGACCAUCAAUGACGGUCGGAAUGAUCUGGUCGCGAAUUUCCUCAAGCCCGGCAGCGGUGUUACUGAUUUGGAAUACCACUCGACGGUACAAUCAUUGAUUAUUGCAGGCAGCGAGACCACCGCAUCAUUGCUGUGCGGUGUCACUUUCCACCUCCUUAAGAACCCCGAAAAAUUGCAGAGAGUAGUAAAAGAAGUCCGGAGCGAGUUUGAUUCAGCCGAGGAGAUCUCAUUCGUCAGCGUAAACAAGCUCCCAUAUCUUUUAGCUUGCUUGAACGAAGCGUUGCGAGUCUAUCCACCCAUAGCAGACGGAUUUCCCCGGAAUACAGAAUCUAACAUGGAGGUAAUAAUGGGCCGGCCAGUGCCCCCAAAGACAAUUGUUCGAAUGAAUCACUGGGCGACCUACCGUUCUCCUCGAAAUUUCGUGCGCCCCAAUGAGUACAUCCCCGAAAGAUGGUUACCCAAUGCACGGGGCUUCGAGAAUGAUCACAAGAACGCAUUACAGCCGUUCCAUGUUGGCCCUCGCAACUGCAUUGGUCGAAAUCUUGCUUAUAUGGAAAUGCGCUUGAUCAUGGCUCUAAUCCUCUGGAAUUUUGAUCUCAAACUCUGUCCGGCUUCAGAGAGCUGGGAUAAUCAACGAGUAUUCAACCUGUGGGAAAAGCCGGAGCUUAUGGUCAAGCUUUCGCCCAGGAGUUGAUAGUUAUAGAGCCUUCAUCGUCGGUCCCCUACGUUGGUGGCGUUCCAAACUAAAACGCCUAGCCCUGAGAUUUGUGAUGCUUUCAAUUAAUCAUAAUGUCCGUUUUAUUCUUCAGAGGUGUGGCAAGGUUAAUAUAGUGAAC